CCCAUCGCGACUCCUCUUCCUUUCGCGCCGGUAGCCGAAGAAUCUAGCGUCCAUGUGCGCAGCGCCCGGGACUUUAUAGAUCGCCGAGCCCAACGAAUCCGAGCCAUACCGCAACCUUGUCAUGGAUCUCAACACUCUGAUCGAGGCCCUUCGGGGCACCAUGGACGCAAAUUUGCGUGAGGCCGCAGAGAGACAGUUGAACGAGGGCCAUACCCAGGUCAACUUUGUGUCUACACUACUGCGGGUGACCAUGUCCGAUCAGUUGGAUUUGCCCAUACGGCAGGCAGGUGUGAUCUACCUGAAGAACAUGAUAACACAGUACUGGAGUGAAGGGGAAAAUGCAAACGCUGAAGUACCCUCUAGUAACAUCCCAGAAGAGGACAGGCAGUUCAUUCGAGAUAACAUAGUGGAAGCCAUCAUCCAAUCCCCAGAGCGCAUCAGAGUACAACUGACAACCUGCAUUCACCACAUGAUCAAGCAUGACUACCCUGGUAGAUGGACUGCCAUCGUGGACAAGAUUGGCUUGUACCUGCAGUCUGAUAACAGUGGCUGCUGGCUGGGCAUCCUGAUGUGCCUGUAUCAGCUGGUGAAGAUUUACGAAUAUAAGAAGCCUGAGGAGCGCCAGCCGUUGGUCGCUGCCAUGCAGAUCUUCAUGCCCAUGUUGAAGGAGCGUUUCAUUCAGCUACUGCCAGACCCAUCUGGCGAUUCUGUCCUAGUGCAGAAACAGAUCUUCAAGAUCCUCUACGCUCUCUUUCAGUACAACCUCCCUCUAGAGCUGAUCAAUCGCCAGAACCUGACCGAGUGGAUGGAGAUUCUGAAGACAGUUGUGGAUCGAGAUGUACCUCCAGAGACCCUGCAGGUGGAUGAAGACGAGAGGCCCGAGCUGCCCUGGUGGAAAUGCAAGAAGUGGGCGCUCCACAUCCUCGCCCGGCUCUUUGAGAGGUACGGCAGCCCUGGAAACACAACCAAAGAGUACACAGAGUUUGCAGAGCUUUUCCUCAAGGGUUACGCCGUUGCUGCACAGCAGGUCCUGUUGAAGGUCUUGUAUCAGUAUAAGGAGAAGCAAUACAUGGCUCCAAGAGUCUUACAGCAGGCGCUUAAUUACAUCAACCAGGGAAUCGCACACGCCGUUACUUGGAAAAACCUGAAGCCCCACAUCCAAGGAAUCAUUCAGGAUGUAGUGUUCCCUCUCAUGUGCUACACAGACAGCGACGAAGAACUCUGGCAGGAAGACCCGUACGAGUACAUCCGCAUGAAAUUCGAUGUGUUCGAAGACUUCAUCUCACCGACCACAGCGGCACAGACGUUGCUCUUCACCGCAUGCAACAAAAGGAAGGAGGUGUUGCAGAAGUCCAUGGGCUUUUGUUAUCAGAUCCUCACAGAUCCUGCUUCAGACCCACGGAAAAAAGACGGAGCUCUUCACAUGAUUGGCUCGCUCGCUGAGAUUCUUCUGAAGAGAAAGAUCUACAAAGACCAGAUGGAGUUCAUGUUGCAGAACCAUGUCUUCCCUCUGUUUCGCAGUGAGCUGGGUUACAUGAGAGCCAGGGCUUGCUGGGUGCUUCAUUACUUCUGUGAGGUGAAGUUUAAGAAUGACCAGAACCUACAGACGGCCCUGGAGCUCACACGCCACUGUCUUAUUAAUGACAAUGAGAUGCCAGUUAAAGUGGAGGCUGCUAUCGCCCUCCAAGUCCUCAUCAGUAAUCAGGAGAAAGCAAAAGAUUACAUCACCCCCUUCAUCCGGCCUGUGAUGCAGGCCCUCCUCCAAAUUGUACGCGAGACCGAGAACGAUGACCUUACCAACGUCAUUCAGAAAAUGAUUUGCGAGUACAGCGAGGAAGUGACCCCUAUUGCCGUAGAGAUGACCCAGCAUUUGGCCAUGACCUUCAACCAGGUGAUCCAGACGGGACCUGAUGAGGAAGGAGGCGAUGAUAAAGCAGUGACCGCCAUGGGCAUCCUCAACACCAUUGACACGCUGUUGAGUGUAGUGGAGGACCAUAAAGAAAUCACCCAGCAGUUAGAAGGCAUCUGUCUGCAGGUUAUCGGCACAGUCCUGCAGCAGCACGUCCUAGAGUUUUAUGAGGAGAUCCUGUCUCUGGCUCACAGUCUGACGUGUCAGCAGGUGUCAGCACAGAUGUGGCAGCUCCUUCCUCUGGUCUAUGAAGUCUUCGAACAAGAUGGAUUUGACUAUUUCACCGAUAUGAUGCCACUCCUCCACAACUACAUCACAGUUGACACAGAUACUCUACUGUCUGACACUAAAUAUCUUGAAAUUAUCUACAACAUGUGUAAAAAGAUUUUGACAGGAGAUCCGGGAGAGGACCCAGAAUGCCACGCAGCCAAGCUGUUGGAGGUCGUCAUUCUGCAGUGCAAAGGUCGUGGUAUCGACCAGGUGGUGCCCUUGUUCGUUACGACUGCUCUGGAGCGUUUGACCCGUGAGGUGAAGACUAGCGAGCUGAGGACCAUGUGUCUGCAGGUGGCCAUCGGCGGGCUCUAUUACAGCCCUCCACUGCUACUCAACACACUGGAGAACCUGCGCUUCCCCAACAACACUGAGCCGAUAACUAACCACUUCAUGUCGCAGUGGCUCAAAGAUAUCGACUGCUUCCUUGGGCUCCAUGAUCGUAAGAUGUGCGUGUUGGGACUGUGCGCUCUCAUGGACCUAGAACAGCGGCCACAAGCUGUCAAUCAAGUAGCAGGUCAACUUGUCCCCGCUGCCAUCCUCCUGUUUAACGGCCUGAAGAGAGCCUACGCCUGCAGGGCCGAGCAUGAGAAUGACGAAGAGGACGAUGAUGAACACGGAGGGGAGGAAGAGGAUAACACCGAGUUGGGCAGUGACGAAGAUGAUAUCGAUGAAGAAGGCCAGGAAUAUCUUGAAAUGCUGGCGAAACAAGCAGGAGAGGAUGGCGACGAUGAAGACUGGGAGGAAGAUGAUGCAGAGGAGACUGCUCUUGAGGGCUACACGACCACAGUGGACGAUGAAGACAACAUCGUUGAUGAAUACCAUAUCUUCAAAGUCAUAUUACAGAAUAUCCAAGCCCGUGACCCAGCAUGGUACCAGGUACUCACGCAAUGUCUCGAUGAGGAACAAAGAAAACAACUUCAGGACAUUGCAACGCUUGCAGAUCAACGACAAGCAGCACACGAAUCAAAGAUGAUCGAGAAGCACGGAGGAUACAAGUUCACGGUUCCAGUGGUGCCGAGCAAUUUCAAUUUCGGCGGCAGCGCCCCAGGAAUGAAUUGAGUCCUUUCUCCCCUUCCCCUUUCUAACCGUGACUGACUGUAGUGAAUGGAAAUGCGUGUGUUGCUCCCUGACGUAGUGGUUCUACUCUCUCACUCUUCAAUCCGACUAUCAAAUUGAACAGCACCAGAAGAGGUGGGAAGGCAACCAAACGCAACUGAUGCCUGGGAAAACAAACAGAGAACUCGAACGCUAAGCAAGUGGGGGGAAAAUACGGCUGUGAACUAUGUCGUCUUAUGGGAUCCAACAAUAAGAGGGAAACUGUAACAGCGGCUCGCAGUCACAUACUAUGGGGGCUAAGGAAUUGAAAUUGAGACUUCUCGUCAAAUCAUUGUCACUGUACGGGCCGGAAGGCCCUCAAGGUUAUACCUCUGGCAGUAGUGUGUCAACGUUUUUCUUCAUUGACAAAAAAUAAUCAGAUCUCAUGAUAUUGUACAUACUAGCCCAGGCCACUUGAUUUUUAAGUUGCCUGGUCAGACAACCAGAGGCGUUUGUAAGGUGUCAACAUGUGUAUUCAAAUGUAGCAUAUUGGAUACUUGUCAUAGCACUAUGUGAUGCCUGAUCUCUGUAAAUUAAUGACUAGCACUUUCAUAUUGUUCAGGUCUCUUAGCCUUCUGUAUCAGACUGCAAAUUUUUUUAACUCUGUUGAAAACUAUUUAAGAAUUUGGAACCUUGUUACCCAAGCGGUGACGUCUAUAAGGGUUGGUGUUGAGAGGGCUUCAGUUAUAGUGUGUGUGGCAAUCAAUUGCUUCUUGUAAUGAUUGUUUUAGGCUCCAAAAGAAAAUGCACUUGGUGUUCGAUUUGGAUAAAGACAUUGUAACAAGCACUGAAGUCAUUUAAAUAAUUCGUUGGAGCAUGAAUACAGGCAGUCUCAAGCAUUUGGUUGAUGAAUGGAUGAACCAUCAGUAUACACAACAUUAAAAACAAUGGCUUUAAAUCUU